CUCAUUGAGAAAGUUAGCCAUGAAUUCUACUACUAAAUGCUUUGCCAUGAAUAUUAUAUUGCUCAGCUUCCUCCCAAUCCUCCCCUCUUCCACUUCCAUUGCCAUUGGCUCUAUAAAGCCAAACCAACCCAUGAGAGAUGGCGAUGUUCUUCUCUCUAGUAAUAAAAUCUUUGCACUUGGGUUUUUCAGCCUGGCCAAUUCUCGUAACCGGUAUGUUGGAGUUUGGUACAACAAAGUUCCAAACCAAACCAUUGUCUGGGUUGCAAACAGAGACAACCCCAUAAUUCCUGUCACUGAUAAUAAUGCCUCUGGAGUUGGACUUCUAGCUGUUCAUGGAAAUGGAGGCCUGGUCAUCUAUGGGAAGGACCAAAAUACCCCUCUUUGGUCUGCUAAUGUUUCAGUCUCUUCGCCAAACAAUUCCAUGACAGCCAAGCUUUUGGAUACAGGAAAUCUUGUUUUGCUUGAGGAGGACAAUGGUCUUAGCCAAGGGGUAUUGUGGCAAGGCUUUGAUCAUCCCACAAAUACAUUGCUUCCAUUUGUGAAACUUGGGCUGGAUCGGCGGUCCAAGUUGAAUCGGUUCCUCACAUCUUGGAAAUCUCAAGAUGAUCCGGGAACUGGUAACUAUGGCCCAAGUGGGUUUCCGCAGGUGUUUUUAUACAAGGGUCAAGCUCCGCUCUGGCGGGCCGGGUCGUGGAUUGGAGAGAGAUUGAGCGGUGUGCCCAAUAUGCCAUAUAAUUUCAUCUUCAACAUUACUUUUGUGAACAAUCAAGAUGAGCUAUAUAUUGUGGAUGGUAUCACGAAUAAAUCAAUCUUCUCAAGGAUGGUUCUUGAGGAAUCAGGAGUCCUUGUACGGUCCAUAUGGCAUGAUCAAGGGCAGCAAUGGAUCAAAUAUUUGUCUGCCCCAGAAGGGUUGUGUGAUGAAUAUGGGAAGUGUGGUGCUAAUGGCAAUUGUGACCCGUCCAAUGUGGGUAAGUUCGAGUGCACGUGCCUACCCGGAUACGAACCCAAGUCGCCACCUGAUUGGUAUUUGAGAGAUGCGUCGGGUGGGUGUGUGAGGAAAAACGAAGUAUCCAUAUGUGGAAAUGGGGAUGGGUUCUUGAAGGUCGAACGUGUGAAGGUACCCGACUCGUCUAAGGCACUUGUGAACAUGAAUUUGAGUUGGAAAGCAUGCCCGCAGGAGUGCUUGAGAAAUUGUUCUUGCAAGGCGUAUGCAAAAGCAGACGAGAGAUGGGGAGGGUUUGGAUGCGUGACAUGGCAUGGGGACUUGAUGGACACGAGAACAUUUUCAAAUGCUGGCCAGGAUUUGUAUGUACGAGUUGAUGCAAUUGUGUUAGCUCAAUAUGCAAAGUCAAAUGGUUCACUUAGCAAGAAGGGAAAACUGGCAAUUUCUCUAGUUUCCGUUCUGGUGUUCCUUCUUCUUGUAGUUCCCAUUUCUUAUUGGUUGGUAAGGAGGAAAAGAAAAGGUAAGCAAAGACAAAAUAAGUAUUCCCCUAGAGUUACCACAAGGUCAACCUACUUUGAAGAUUCUACUGCAGAACUUGAUGAAAGUAGUAUGCACUCAGACAUACCAUUCUUUGAUCUAACAACCAUAGCGGCGGCCACGGACAAUUUCUCUCUUACAAACAUGCUUGGAAAGGGGGGUUUUGGCUCAGUCUAUAAGGGUGUGCUUUGUAAUGGAAAAGAAGUGGCAGUGAAAAGAUUAGCAAAACAUUCUGGUCAAGGAAUUGAGGAAUUUAAGAAUGAAGUUGUGCUGAUUGCAAAACUCCAACACAGGAACCUUGUUAGGAUUUUAGGUUAUUGCGUUCAAGAUGAAGAGAAGAUGCUAAUCUAUGAAUACGUGCAGAACAAAAGCUUGGACUCUUUCAUCUUCAAUGACACAAAAAGAGCACUUCUAGAUUGGACAGUACGCUUCGGGAUCAUCUAUGGGAUUGCUAGAGGGAUCUUGUAUCUUCAUCAAGAUUCAAGGUUAAGGAUUAUCCAUAGAGAUCUAAAGGCCAGUAAUGUUCUACUGGAUGCUUCUAUGAACCCCAAAAUUUCAGAUUUUGGUAUGGCUAGAAUAUUUAAAGGAGACCAAAGUGAUGCGGAUACAAAUCGUGUGGUUGGAACAUAGUAAGUGAAAAAUUUCU